AUGUCCAAAUCCAAACCCAAAUCCAAGUUCGAAGUCCGGCAAUACUCCGAGCACAAAGCACCUGCACCAGCAUCGCCCUCGGCCAGCAUAAUCCUCAUCUCGCCAAGCAACGAGAUCCUGCUCCUGCACAGGGUACAAACCUCGUCCGCGUUCCCGUCCGCGCAUGUGUUCCCCGGAGGCAAUCUGGAAGCCUCCGAUGGGGCGCUCCCAACGAGCCCGACAGACAUCAACCGACACAUCGACAGCAUCGCCUACCGAACCGGGGCGAUCCGUGAACUGUUCGAAGAGACGGGCAUCCUCCUGGCGCGGGCGUCGCGCACCGCCCCGUCGCUGCUGUCGGUGUCGCGCGAACAGCGCCAAGCAGGCCGGCACGCCGUGCACUCGUCGCAGACGGACUUCAAGACAUGGCUGCGCUCGGUCUCGGCGGACGCCGUCCUCGACACCGAUCGCCUGCUGCCCUUCACGCACUGGGUCACGCCGCCGAACGUGCCCAAGCGGUUUUCCACGCAGAUGUACGUCUAUUUCGUCGGGCUCGAGGAAUUGGGCAAUCCCAGCGUCAGGGCGACGGGCGAUCAGAUCGAGACCAUGGCGCCGGAGUGGGCGAGGGCGGCGGAUUGGCUGAGGCGUGCGCGGAGUGGUGAGAUCAUCCUGUUUCCGCCGCAGUUUCUGCUCUUGUUUUUGAUCAGUGAGAUUUUUGAUGGGAACCUGCAGGGUGAGAAGGAGAGCGAUGAGGAGAUUCUGAGGAAGCGUGAGGAGUUGACGCACUUGAUAGAGACGGGUGGUACGGGGGGCGGAACACCGCCGUGGAAGGAUAAGUUUAUCAGUCCGAUUGGUGCGGCGCCGGAUAAGACGAACAAUCGGCAGUUGUUGAAGUUGGAUCAGCCCGGGCCGGAGUUGAAGGAUAGUGGUUUGAGGGGCGAGAUGGAUCGGGUGGUUUUCGUCAAUUUCAGCAAGGAGGGCCCCCGGCAAGUUGAAGUUGCGUGGAGGAAGGAUGUUCUCAAACCUGAAGGUAGGGAGGGCAAGCUGUAG